AUGGGACUCGACGUCGCUCGUCAUUCGUCAGCCGCAAUCGAUGAAGAUAACUUCCUUGACACGGUGGCUCAGGGAAAACGAAAAUGGCGCUUUCGACAAUGUUUCGCGUUUUUGUAUUUGUUCGCGUGUGUUUCCGCCAUCGUUGGUCCAUCAGCGAAUAGUUCUAAAGUUGUUAUUGUAACGAAAGCUGACACUUACCUCGAUGCCUAUUCCAAAUCCCGAAUAGAAGCCGAAAAAGCGAAAGAGGGUGUGGUGAUCGUAACGGCUAAGGAUGGAGAGAAAAAAAUAUCUAACCGUGAUGACAGUUAUAAUUCCGGAUACGAUUAUUCACCUCCCUACUCAAGCAGCGACAGUUUUAGUUCAUCUGGAUCUCCAAGCUAUCCAGGACCUUCAAGCUAUUCUGGUUCUUCGAACAACUAUUUACCCCCGUCUAGUUAUGGACCGCCGGUGAAAUUCGAAUCUGAUGUUACGUACACCUCUCCGCCCAAUACUUAUGGACCUCCUGCUUCAAAUUAUGGACCUCCAGCGCAGAGUUACGGGCCUCCCGCUCAUAGUUACGGCCCUCCUGCGCAUUCAUAUGGGCCACCAGCACCAGUUUACGGACCUCCACUUCACAAACCUGCACUUCCUCCUCCUGUAUAUGGUCCACCUCUCAAACCGUCCUAUGGUGUCCCUUAUACAGCCCCGGGAUUGAGUUUCUUUGACAAACUGUCAUUGAAAUUGGAUAUUUUAACGAUUGCAAAAUUGAUGCUGAAAUUCCUGAUAUUUAAAAAAAUCGUCACAAUGAUCGCCGUAGUGUGCAUGUUGCUCGUCAUCCCUAAAUUAAUAUCUUUCAAAAAAGAUAAGGGCGAAACUGACGAGGACGAGCGCCAGUUCAGCGGUCGCAAUGUUGUAGAACUAACUUCGGCUCAGCAAUUGUUAGAGAGGGCUAUGAAAGUGUAUGGUCGCCAGCAGGCCGAUUGUGGCAUCACGUGCCGCGUGCGCAGCGUCAUCGACGACAUUUACGAUUUUGAACCUUAUUUCAGAGUCAGCGGUAAUCCAGAGUCGUAAUCGAUUGAAAGGAGAAAGGCGUAAUUCGUGCCAUUACAGCAUUUAGAUGUAAAUGUGAAGUCAC